AUGGCAGGCAGGUUGUCAAUCAAUUGUUCAGCGAGUGGACCAUGUACUUAUGUCAUUGUACACUCCGUCAUACGCACCCCUUCACGUAGCUGCUGUGUUGACGAGGUUGCCGCUCAACAUGUCGAUGCCGAUGCCAUAGUACAUUACGGGCACGCAUGCAUGAGUCAGACUUCACGACUUCCAGUAAUUUAUGUCUUCGGGAAAAAGGAUAUCGAUAUUGCCGAUUGCAUGGAUAGCUUGAUUAGUUCACUGAGGGCGUCACCCUCCUUCCGCGAAGAUGGUGGCGCAAUCAUGCUACGACACGACGUAUCGUAUGCCCAUAGAGCCAGUAUGUUCUCAGUGGCAUUGCCUGAUAAUCAGCUCAUAAACGAACUUCUCGAGAAACUCGAAGCCGCGUUGUCGUCGUCAAUAAAAGUCUUAUACACCCAGAUACCUCUGGCAUCAACUCCAGCACGAGACGGCAUCGAGCAAGCGCAAACUGCUUCAUGCGCCUCAACAGGCGGUGCAUCUGACGACACGCCCGUCGAUGACUACACAAUUUUAUUUGUUGGCGGGGAGAGCCUGAGUCUGACGAACCUCAUUAUGACACAUGCCCAAUCAGAAGUACAUUCAUAUGACCCCAAAACCAGGACCGCGAGGAUCGAGUCUGGGCGCACAAACAAGUUGUUAAUGCGGAGAUACGCAGUCGUACAAAAGGCCAGGGAUGCCGAUGUGUUUGGCAUUCUCGUGGGAACGCUUGGAGUUGCAUCAUACUUGCCUCUGAUCUCACAUCUCCGCACUAUACUCUCCCGCGCACACAAAAAGAGCUACACGAUCAGUGUGGGCAAACUCAACCCCGCGAAACUGGCUAACUUCCUCGAAAUCGAUUGCUUCGUUCUUGUCGCGUGUCCCGAGAACAGCCUCAUCGAUGCAAAGGACUUUUUGCGCCCCAUCAUCACACCUUACGAAUUAGAGAUCGCGCUGAGAACGGAGCAGAGUUGGACUGGUCAAUAUGUGCUCGACUUCGAUAAACUACUCACACAGCAGAAUCCACCCGAAGGAUCAGACGAAGACUUGGACCAACCCGUAUUCUCUCUUGUUACAGGUAAAUACCGACAUGCUAAACGAUAUGGAGCACCGGCUUCUUCGCACGAGACCUCCGUCGCUUCAUCAGCGAUGGUUCUACGAAAUCACGACAACACUGUGGCAACAUUGUCGGACAGCGCAGCAGGACAAUUUCUACAAUCACGGUCUUUCCGUGGGUUGGAAGCUAGACUUGGUCAAGACGCGCCCAGUAUUCUGGAGCAAGGGAGGUCAGGGAUUGCGCGAGGCUAUCAGGACGAUGUCAACAACAAAUAA